AUGGGAAUGAAUAACAACUCAGGCACUUCUGUGGUCUUGCCAUUCACAACUAUUCCCUCUUGUACGUCCGUCUCUAUCCCCUUAGAAACUGUGACGAACUAUACUCUGGCAAAUGGUGGUACCACUAGUCCGACUACCUCGAAUUCUACUAUUGUUCCGCCAGAAGUGACUUCCACCAAUGUUUCGUCCCCACAUGAAAUUAUUACCGCUUCACUAGCCGUAAAAACCACAUUACACCAGAACACGACUCCAUCGGACACGUUGCCUGUUGUCGAACCAGUCAUUGUAUGCCCGGUAGACGGUUCGCGGAAUGCUUGGCAAUGGGAAGGAAGUAGUUUCACAAAGGCGGUGUUUUGUCGUUCUGACGGACCCCCCGUAGUUCGAACUUGUUACCGAGCCAUACGCCAUCGUCGUGACGGGAUGGUGAUCCGAGAGAAAGAUUGUGUCCUGUUAUGCAGUGGUCCAGAUCGUAGUAACCCACCUCAUGUUGCAAAGAUCACGGCACUUUUCGCGGAUUCGGUCAAUCCGGAAACAAAAAUGAUGUCCCUUCUCUGGUACUAUCGACCGGAGCACGUUGGUUGCCCACCCGGAAAUCUGGUGCCCAAUGAGCUAUACGCCAGUCGGCAUUGUGACACCAAUCCGGUCGAAUGUAUAGAGGACAAAGCAUAUGUGCUCACUGCUUCUGCCUUUUCUCGUUAUAUGGCUCGAUUGAAAUAUCGUCAGACAGCGUAUCCUCGUCCUCCACUACAUCGUGUGGUUCCCAUAUGUCCCCUAAAAUCAUCCGCCGUAACCACUGAAGAAACUCUCGAAUCACAGACCCCUCAGGAGGACUCGACCGGUCAGAGUGUAUUUUCGGAAGAUGUCCCGGAAAGUGUUAAUCCAUCAAAUGUGUUCCUGUGUCGUGGUGUCUACGAUUAUCGACUGAAGCGCGUGUGUCGCAACGUGAAUUUGCACGUGUUACCUAUACACUCUCACUUCUUAGCCAACCGACAUCGCAUGAGUGGUGGACGAUCUCCCUCCGCACAUCCACCUUCUCUGUCACCAAAAGUAGACAUGGAUGAACAGGAAAGGCAUGAACUUGUGACGAUAACAUGCAGUCCAAAACCUCCGAUCUUAGAGUUAUCUGAUCCUCCAGUGGCGGUACCUGUUGGUCCAGUUCCAUCUCAGACACCUCAGUCUACUGGAAAUCAAUCUCCUUCGACUGAACCAUCACCUGCAAACUCUCCAUCACUUUGCAUUUGUCUGCCUGAUUCCCCGACCCCAAACGGGCGAUCAUUGGAAAAUGAUUCAUUAGCCAACUCCCCCAAGUCUUCCACCAUACUGGACGACACCCCAGCAAAAUCAUCAAGCGAACUAACUGCUCUUCCAGUCGGCGAGGACGCCAUAUCCCAACCAAGAGUCGGCUCCCCACUGCCCGCAGCCCCAACUGAUCGAUCCUCCACACCACUUAAAGGGCGGGAAUCGGUUUCGGUUUCCGACACAACCUGUCCUCCGCCAAAGCCAUUAAACAGUGUGAAUCUGUUGCAUGCAGAUAAACUUCCAGCCACAACCACCCACACAACUUCAAAUCCAGAUCCAGUCAUCGUCCAUACUACCGUAUCACAGCCAUCACUUUCCACUCAACUCACGUCAUCCAUCACCCCCCACACUAACAUAAUCUGGGUGCCGUCGAAUCCAAUGAUGCCACUGCUCGAAUCGUCCGUUUUGGAGACUAGUGCAGACUUGUCUGUAAAUUGGGCUGAACAC